AUGUCGCACUUCCCGGCCCCCGCGGCGCCCCGGCGCACGCCCUGCAACAUCAUCACGGGCCCGCUGGGCGCGGGCAAGUCGAGCGCCAUCGUCAACCUCCUGGCCAACCACAGCGACGGCAACUGGGCCGUGCUCGUCAACGAGAUCGGCGACGUGGGCAUCGACGGCGCCAUCGCCAAGUCGUCCGGCGCCGACGGGUCGGCCAUGGUCGCGGAGAUCGCCGGCGGCUGCAUCUGCUGCGCGAACGGCGUCGCCGCCACGGUCACGAUCACGCGGCUCCUGCGGCGGAAGCCGAGCCGCCUGCUCAUCGAGCCGAGCGGCCUGGGCCAC